AUGACAACAGGAAUCUUCAAAUACAUCGAUCCAGCCUCGUACGACCCCACAGAAACAGAGCCUUUCAAAAAGGCCUGGGGUAAAGUCGACGGCCCAGGCAUCUCCUACAAGCUCACCGAGCGAGAACGCAAAGUCACAAACCUACGCGGCCAAGAGUCAGACUUCACAACCGACACCUCCGGCUUCGCCUUAUACAACUUCCCCGCAACAGAGAAAACCUUCACCGAGGAUGCAACAGUAAAAUCAGCCUACUACGCAGAAGUAGAAGCUCUUCUCCGCGCCAAGCUGCCCGGCGUGAAAAAGGUCACUAUCUUCGACCACACCAUCCGCCGCCGCACCCCAGGUUCGGCACGCAGUCCCGUGCAGCUAGUUCACGUCGACCAGACGCCGAAAGCUGCGGAGGCGCGAGUCCGGCGACAUCUCCCGGAAGACGAGGCGGAGGAAUUAUUGAAGGGUCGGUAUCAGAUUAUCAAUGUGUGGCGACCGAUUCAGAAUCCGGCUUCGGAUUUCCCGUUGGCGCUGAUUGAUUGGCGGAGUACGGUUCCCGAGGACUUCGUUGCUGUUGAUCUGCUUUAUCCGAAGGAGUGGCGGGAGAACGGGGAGGUUGCGCCUGAUCCUGCUUCCAUUUCUUCGACGGAGGGCUAUGAGGUUAAGGGGGAGACUUAUAUGAUUGCUCCGAAUGAAGGACAUCGGUUCUACUAUGUCAAGGAUAUGACGCCGGAGGAGGUGUUGUUGCUUAAGUGCUUUGAUUCGAGGAGUCAUGCUAUGACUGGGGGGAAGACGGAUAUUGCUCAUGGGACUGGGCAUACUGCUUUUGUGGAUCCGCAGACUCCUGUUGAUGCGCCGGGGAGGCAGAGUAUUGAGGUCAGAUGUUUGGUUUUUUAUGAAUAG